ACAAUUACAAUUCUCAGAAAAUUGUUUUUUUAAAUUGCAAGAAUUUUAGUGUUUUAUUAUGUAAAAUUGCGUUUUUGUCAUGGAUAAAGUGGUAAAUUUGUGUUUUUAAUUGAAAUAACUAAAAAAUUUAUCGAAAAUCAUUAAAAUAAUGGAAAUUUACAAGAGAUACGAUUGCACGUAUUGCCAAGAAGAGAUUACGGGAAUCCGAAUUCAUUGUGCCGAGUGUUCGUCCGACUACGACAGUUGCUUGCUUUGUUACACGAGUGGAGCUGAAAUUGGCGAACAUGAAUCCGAUCAUUCGUACCAACUUAUCCCGAUUACAGCACCGUCUGUAGUGCCUCCCAUCAUAAAAGGUCCACCAAAUAGAUGGACUCCUGCGGAAGAGAUUCUCUUGCUAGAUGCUGUCGAACAAUUCGGGUUUGGGAAUUGGGAAGAUAUCGCACGGCACAUCGAGAGUCGAAGUGCGGAAGAAGCAAAGGAAAAGUACAUUGAAAAGUAUCUGGAGAGCGCCAUAGGACGUCUCACAUGGGGUCCCGAAGCCGAGAAACGACCAGUAUUAAUUGAUCACACAUUGAAUGACGAUAUGGGACCAUUAAGUCCAUAUUACACAAAUCGCCUCCCAUUGUUGGACAUCACGCAGGAAGAGGCAACUCACGUUGGCUACAUGGCGAAUCGCGAUGACUUUGAGCGAGAAUAUGACACGACAGCGGAAAAACUCGUUUCAGUUCUUGCUUUGGAUCCGGAUGACGAGGAAGAAGAUCUGCUGCUGAAACUCGCACAAAUUGACAUAUACUCUCGAAGGAUCCGUGAGAGGGCCCGAAGAAAACGUCUCGCAAGAGAUUAUCAACUUGCUGCCAAUUUCUUCCGUGGCUACAUCAAACGAAUUCGUCAAUCACGCGAUCAAAGAGAGUUCCGCGAGCGUUUGCGGACAUUCGCACAAUUUUACACGUGCAACGAGUUCGAACGUCUUGUCAAUUCGUUAGAACGUGAACGAGCACUCAGAAUUCGGUUGUCCGAAUUAAACCGUUAUCGUUACAAUGGAAUCACAAAAAUCGACGAGACUUUGCAUUUCGAACAACAUGUUGCCACAUACCAGCGUUACACGGGACCCUAUGGUCAUGGCAAAACGCAUUGCGGAGUAAUUGGUCCGAAUGGCGAACGAAUUCCCGGAAUUUGGCGUCAAAUUUUCAUGGGACAACCGAGAUUGCGAAGACUGCGUCAAACAACACAACAUGCCGAAAUCACAUCAUCACCUGGUGGCUCAGCGGCAAGUCGACGCAAGAAACGACGAAAUCGCCUAAAAUUCCAUCGACCAAAGAAUCAUGUUGCGCAUCGCAGACCAGGACUGAUCCGUCGACUGAUUGCCCAUUCAAAACUUUUGUGUCGAUAA